AUGUCUAAACCAGUUUCGCGUGUUGCGUCGAACACUGCAUUGCAAAACACCACAACCUCGAAACCACCUACUGGAGCCGCGUCAUUAUCACGCCAACCCUCUGGCUCUCUAUCUCAAAGUGGUGGAGAUGGAGGCCAACCACUCGCCGGCCCUAGUGGUUCUGCUCGCAAUUCAACUACCAAAUUAAAGGCAUCAAGCAUGAAAUUAGCUGGAUCUCGACCAAAUAUCGCCGCUUCCUCUAAAAUGUCAAUGUCCGCCAGUGGAGCCGCUGGUAGCCAGGCGCUCCUCAAGAAAUCUCGAAAUGGUUCAACAAGUGGACCAAGUACCACAAAACCAUCAUCUCCUGGCAAAGAUCCAGCUGUAGCUCUUGCUGAAUGGGAAGAAGAAAAGAAGAAGGUCUUGGAAGAGUCCGUCAAGCAAAAGGAGGAACGAAACUUUUAUCAGUUGGAGCGGGACAAGAUUGCUGAUUUUUGGGAAAUUUCAAAGCAAGAAUUGGUUGAUACUCGUGCUGAACUGCUAAACAAGGAUCGGGAAUUGGAAGAGCAAGAAGAGAAGCAUCAAGUGGAAAUCAAGGUCUACAAGCAAAAAGUCAAGCACUUGCUUUACGAAUACCAAAACAAUGUCGCCCACCUACAAGCAGACUCAGAACGUGCCCUUCAACAUGACCAAGAUGAACAUGCGGGCCAAGAAGCUGCUCUACGACGAGAUUCCCGUGCCUUGUCAUUGGAAUUACGAGAACGCUCGCUAGUCCACGAAGCCGCUGUUCGUGAUUUAAAACUCAAACAUGAUGCUGAAAUUGCCAAACUACGAGCAGACUUUGAUCGCCAUGCUCGGGAACUACAUGCAAGAUACGAGAGACGUAGCAAGAAUGUUCGAGAAGAGCUAGAGGUCAAACGUAAAGCUGAAAUCCAUGAAGUUGAGGAGAGGAAAAAUGGUCAGAUUAAUGCCUUGAUGAGAGGUCAUGAAAAGGCGUUUGCUGAAAUCAAGAAUUAUUACAAUGACAUUACUCUCAACAAUUUGGCUCUAAUCAACUCCCUCAAGGAACAAGUCGAAGAAAUGAAGAAGAAGGAAGAACGAUCCGAGAAACUAAUGGCCGACAUAACAGCAGAAAACAAACGCUUAUCCGAACCAUUAACAGCCGCUCUCAACGAAUGUGAAUCCCUCAAACGACAAUUGCUAUCUCACGAAAAAGAUCGUCAAGCUCUAGCUUCAACCAAAGCUAGACUCAAAGUCACAGAAGAAAAGUUCAAGCAGCUAGAGUGGGAGCACGAAGUCUUGACGCAACGAUUCGAGAGAGCCCAGAAAGAACGGGAUGAGCUUUAUGAAGAGUUUGUUGAACGUAUACAAGGUGUUCAGCAAAAGACUGCUUUCAAGAAUCUGAUCUUGGAAAAGAAGGUCGAAUCAUUACGUGAGAAUUUAGAACGAAAGGAUCUCCAAUUGUCUGAAGUAUUACGCGCGUCAAAUCUGGAUCCUGUGUCCAUCGGCAAUAUAACCAAACGUUUGGAGGAAGUGCUCGAAUCAAAGAACUCACAAGUUCGUGAGCUUCAGUAUGAUCUAGCGAAAACAACAAAGGCUUAUAAUGACAUGAUGAGGGUCUAUGAGGCCAAGCUGGGAGAGUACGCUAUUCCUGUAGAAGAACUUGGCUUCAAACCAAUUCAACCUAGAUCAACCGUUGCAGCAGCAGCUCAAUAA